CAAACACUCUUUCUGCACGGCUCGGCCUGAGCGUCCUCCCCUAGGAAAGAUGGCCGAUAUGGCUGGCCUCGCCUUGGGCGCCAUAUCACUCGGCAUAGAGGUCUGCAAGGGCAUCAUCACCUACGCCAACGCGGUGCGAAGUCACACAGACGACUUGCAGUCCCUCGACCGGCGGGCACAGACUCUAGCCGGCACCCUCGAUCUGCUCUCCAAGACCAUCCAGUUCCUACGCGCCUCUGCAACAAACGCGGCCUCGACUAGGACAAUUCCGGCACUCCUCAACAUUUCUCAUAGCAUAAGCUCGUGCGGGGCGGACCUGAACGCCCUGCAGGACUUUGUCACCACCCAUGCUGGCUGUGUUAUAUCGCACCCGGGGUUUCGCGAUCGAUGUCGAGACGGGUAUCGGGCACUCAAGUAUGGCUUUCGGGGCUCUCAAAGAGCCGAGAUGGAGCAGCGGAUCACCAACGUCAACUCGAUUUUGCUGCUGGCGAUGCAAAAUCUGGAAGUUGACAUGUCCCUGGAUCACGCUUCUGCACUGGCGGCGAUGAUGGCCCAAGCAGAACAAGUCGCAGCAAAACUUGUUGAAGGCCAACAAUCCCUCGCCUCCAUUUACAGCGAUACUACCGAAAUACUGAAUAGACUUGACACAAUUCAAGCGGAAAUCGCCGCAAUCGAUACACAUGCCGUCCUGACAACCAUGAACGAGUCCAGAUCUACGAUCAUGCAGGGUAUCGACUCCUUAACAACCUGCCUCGAGUCCGUGGCCCUUGUUCAGCAGCAGGCAGUUGCUCCCGCCCAGCUCCUGACGUUUAUGCAGACCAUGGAAGCGCGGACAGCCUUCCUCGAUGUUGCCGCGCUGAGCAAGCGGGACGUCGUAUCUGUGCAGCGACUAGUGGCGAGGCCACACAUGUUGAAAGAGGCGAUCACAGAUGUAUCCCAGGCUGUGGCGGGCGGUGAUAUCAACUCGGCUCUGGACAACAAACAUCACCACGGCCCAGCUCCGUGCACAUGCAGGCUCUACCGGACAACAGAAUCCUGGCAAGCCCGGCUGGGCGUGCAUCGCUUCUCGCUCGCGACCCGCCGGACGGCCCAGCACUAUCCCCACUGCCGGUACUCGAAAGCCUGGGCGGAGGAGCGGCAAACCGACCGAAGAGCCACGGCACGGUUGAAGCUUUUUGGCACAUCCAUCGAGGCAGCUUUUCAAGUGUCGUUCACGGAGCGCCAGGGUGCUGGUGGCUUCAGUAUCGCGCCUUUUGUGACGUGGCGUGCCGUCGUCGAUGAGCGCUCAGCGCCUGCAUUCCGAAUUGUGUCGGAGCUUCAGUAUGCGGGCCAUCCUCGGAGCCAGCAGUGGACCAGGGAACAUAUUGAUUACAGUACUUUAUUUGAAGUGGCACUUGUCCACUUGCAGAAGAUCUAUACAUCGGGCAGGGGUUCACCGACUGAUGUCGACGCGCAGGGUGAAAACAUUUUGCAUAAACUGGCCAGGAUGGUAGGUCGAGCGCACGCAGAAUCACUGCCCGACCUCACCAAUAAAUACUGCUCGGUACUGACUAGACUCGCGGUCUAGUUGGAUGUCCCAGAUUCCGGUCGUUCGGCUGCAGAGACCAUGGUCCGCGAGCUCAAGGACAGCUUUGGUGUCCCUCUAAAUCAGGUCAAUCAACGCGGCGAGAUA